CGUAUCCCUCAUACUGCUGGCCCUCCGCUGCUAAACAGGCGUGGAAUAGCUAUAGCAUUACUUGAUAAAUGAAUUGUAUUCUCUCAUUAAUUGUGUUUACCGUACCUCAUCUGCCGCAGUGAGACCGGACAGGCUUUGUCACAACUGAGGAACGCGCCUAGAGCGACCAUCGAGGAUGUUUAAAAAAUUUGACGAGAAAGAAAAUGUAUCGAACUGCAUACAGCUGAAAACAUCAGUGAUCAAAGGCAUCAAAAACCAGCUGUUGGAACAGUUUCCUGACAUUGAGUCAUGGCUCAAUCACAUAAUGCCCAAAAAGGACCCUGUCAAAAUAGUGAGAUGCCAUGAACACAUUGAAAUCUUGACAGUGAAUGGAGAGCUGCUUUUCUUCAGACAGAGAGAAGGACCAUUCUACCCAACCCUCAGACUGUUGCAUAAAUAUCCUUUCAUUCUUCCACACCAGCAAGUAGACAAGGGGGCCAUUAAAUUUGUCUUAAGUGGAGCCAACAUCAUGUGCCCCGGGCUGACGUCCCCAGGCGCUAAACUCUACCCAGCUGGAGCUGACACAGUAGUUGCCAUAAUGGCAGAGGGAAAACAACAUGCACUUUGUGUUGGCGUGAUGAAAAUGUCUGCAGAAAGCAUAGAAAAAGUCAACAAGGGAAUUGGAAUCGAGAACGUUCACUAUCUGAAUGACGGACUGUGGCACAUGAAGACGUAUAAAUGACGACAUCAGCACCUGCAGCGCCCGCCCCCACCCACCGCCAGAAAGUGUGGCGCUCUUGACAGCGACACAUGAGCUGCCCAUCACCUGUUUACACCUGAGGACUUAGCUGUGUAACCUGCUGAACGCUUUGAAUCAAUCGCCAACAUGCACAAAUAAAAGAAAGAUCUUGCUUUAAACUUUAA